GGGUAUGUUUUGACUUCUGACGGACUAGACACAAACGGCAACAUAGAGUAGUAAUAUUGUAGUGCACAUCGUACUGCACAGUGCACAAGGUGGAACAUCCUUUACCAACUUGCCCGUGGACAGAUCUAAAAGAAGGAGACCACGCGAGAAAGAUUUUUGGUUCUCCCUGUGAAGGCCCACAUAGCGCUAUAUUGCGUGUUUCUGAUAUCUACGGGAUUCUGUGGGCCAUCAGCUGUGCAAGCUAUUUCAGGAAUAAACGCAGCGUUCGAUCGUGACAGUCUGGAUUUGAAAACGAUCUGAAACACCUGUAACCAUGCCGGUUUUUCAUACAAAAACCAUCGAAAGCAUCCUUGAACCGGUAGCCAGCCAGGUGUCACGCUUGGUCAUCCUCCAUGAAGAAGCUGAAGAUGGCGGGGCCAUGCCGGAUCUGGAAAAGCCAGUACAAGCGGUCAGCAAGGCGGUGGAGAAUCUCGUGCGGGUUGGACAUGAGACGAUUAACCACAGCGACGAUCUGAUUCUAAAGCAAGAUAUGCCAGCAUCCUUACGCCGCGUGACGGAAGCCUCCAAGACGUUGGAGAAGUCUUCCGAUAUGAUCAAGGCCGAUCCGUAUUCCAAACAGGCGCGCCGACUGCUCAUUGACGGCGCCCGCGGCAUUCUACAGGGCACCAGUUCGCUACUGUUGUGCUUCGAUGAAUCAGAAGUGAGGAAGAUCAUCCGCGAAUGUAAGAAAGUGCUGGAUUAUUUGGCCGUGGCGGAAGUGAUUGAGAGCAUGGAAGAUCUGGUGCAAUUUGUUAAGGAUCUGAGCCCUUGCCUGACCAAAGUUUCCCACGAAGUUGACGCUCGCCAGAAAGAACUGACGCACCAGCCCCAUCGGGAAAUUCUUAUACGCUGCCUGGAUUCUGUCAAAUCAUUGGCUCCUAUCCUAAUUUGCAGCAUGAAGAUCUUCAUUCAGAUUCUCCAGCAAGGUGGUAAAGGCAUCGAAGAAGCGGCGGAAAAUCGAAAUUAUCUUGCUCAGCGGAUGACAGAUGAAAUUAACGAAAUCGUCCGAGUGUUGCAACUGACUACCUACGAUGAAGACGAAUGGGAUGCCGAUGAUCUGGCGGUUAUGCGUAAAGCACUUAGCGGAAUCGAGAGCAAGAUGCAGGCGGCACAAGAUUGGUUAGCGGAUCCGCGUGCACUCAAAGGUGGAGUGGGUGAGAAGUCCCUCCGACAGAUCUUGGAGCAUGCGCUGCGAAUCGCCGAACGUUGUCUACCGGCGGAUCGUGACGCUAUUCGCAAAGCGGUGGCCGACAUCUCCAACAUGGUGGAUUCGUUAUCGGAGCUCCGAGCCGAAGGCAAAGGCACUUCACCGCAAGCCGAAUCGCUGGCCCGCGGAAUUGGCCAACGUCUAGGUGACCUUUCGAGAAUGUGCGCCCGGGCUAUCCAGAAUGCUGAGCGCAGUGGCAUCCAGCAGCCGGCUCAUACGAUCCUGGGCAAAUUGGAACAAGCCAAACGGUGGCUCAAUGCUCCGUGGGUUGACGACAAGGGCUUAGGACAAAGCGCCAUUCGGCAGAUCACGGAGGAAGGUCGUCGCAUUGCGAAACAGUGUCCGGAACCCCAUCGCACGGAUCUGGUGCGUUUGUGCGACGAAGUGGACCAGUUAGCCGGGCAGCUGGCUGACUUGGUGCGUCGCGGUGAAGGAAAUUCACCGCAAGCCAAAGCUAUCGCUCAGAAACUCAAUGAUAAACUGGAUGAGCUGAAAAACAAAAUCCAGAGCGCUCUGCUUCAGCGUGUGGUGGAAGAUUUUGUGGAUAUCAAUACACCGCUCAAACAAUUCACCGAUGCCGUUUUGGCGCCAGAAGGAACUCCCAAUCGGGAAGGAAACUUCCACGAUAAGGCUCGCAAUCUGACCGAACAUGCUCUGCGUGCAGCGGACACAGCGCGCAUGGUGGCGGCCGGAGGUUCCAAUCAAAACAAACGCGCAGUGGAGGGCCUUAUGAACGCGGCUAACCAUAUCGAAAGCCUUACGCCGCAACUAGUCAACGCUGGCAAGAUUCGCAUGGAAUAUCCCACGAAUAAGGCUGCUGAUGAGCAUUUUGAAAAUCUUCGCAAACAGUUCGCCGAUGGAAUGCAAGCCAUGCGCAAUUUAGUGGACGAUCAGAUGGACAGUGCCGGACAUCUAAAAGCCAUCGAAGAAGCUAUGCGGCGUCAUGCAAAAUUGUGCGAGGAUGCUAUUGUGCAGAACAACCCACAGAAAAUGGUGGACAACACGUCAGCCAUUGCACGCUUAGCCAAUCGAGCUCUGAUGAUCGGGAAACGGGAGGCCGACAACUCCGAAGAUCCUAGUUUUAUCAAUAAAAUCAACACAGCUGCUGAUCGCGUGCAAGGAGCUAUUGCUCCCAUGGUACAAGAUGCCAAGGAAGUGGCUGCUAAUCCGCAGAAUGUUGCUGCCGGAAAUCAGUGGAGGAAUUCCAACAAGCAUUUACUGGACGCUGUGGGCAAACUUCGUGAGGCGGUUACGCCGUAUGCUCCCCCACCGCUUCCACCUGCACCUGAUCUAAGUAAUUUAAAUAUCGAUCGUCGUGGUGGCCCACAUGGCUACAGUAGUGAUCACAAAAUUGCACCCCAACCUCCACCCAAACCAACAGACUUCCAUAGGGAUGAAGCUCCGCCUCGACCUCAGCCUCCCCAUGGCGGUGCUCCGCCGCGACCUCCCCCACCAUCCAGUGGUCAUCGCUCAGAGUUCGAAACCGAUGAUGAAGGCGAUUUCGACUUCCCCGUCCCCAUGGAUAACCAGCCCAUUCUGCAGGCCGCUUACGGUCUGCAUCAGGACAUCCGUCAAUGGUCCAGUAAGGACAACGAGAUUAUUGCCGCUGCUAAGCGUAUGGCCCUGCUCAUGGCCCGUCUAAGUCAACUGGUUCGUGGAGAGGGUGGUAACAAGAAGGAUCUGAUUGACUGUGCCAAGCAGAUCGCCGCCGCAUCCGAGGAGGUUACUCGCGCCGCUAAAAAACUGGCACGGGAAUGCACUGAUAAGCGAAUGAGAACGGCGCUCCUUCAAGUCUGCGAACGCAUCCCGACAAUCGGCACACAACUGAAGAUUCUAUCAACUGUCAAGGCCACGAUGCUGGGAGCACAAGAACCCGUCCCCAGCCCAGAUGGCAGUGAAAUCCAAGCCGGUUCGGAGGAGGAUCAAGAAGCUACGGAAAUGUUGGUUGGUAAUGCGCAGAAUCUCAUGCAGUCGGUUAAGGAUGUGGUGCGUGUGGCCGAGGGAGCAUCAAUCAAAAUGCGCACUGACUCGGGUUACACCCUGCGCUGGGUGCGCAAACGUCCAUGGUACACGUAGACAAGCCGGGAUCAUGCGGGGCGCAACAACAACGACAGUUACUCAACUGCCACACAUACGGUUACGCGGACCUUUUAUUAAACGAUAUUCUGACUUGUGAGGGAAGACAAGACGCUUACUUAAUUUGCGAUCGGGAUGUUUGCCUUUGAGAAAUAGAAAACUAUAGAUUUGUAGGAUGGUUUACACUAAUUUUCUACUGAUUUCGUUUAAUGGCGUGAUCUUCUCUGUUGUUUUUUCUUUGUAACCCGGUUGACCAUUUCUAACUUUUGCUUUUACUGAAUUUAGAUUAUUAUAUACUUUAAAUAUACACAAUGUCACAUACAUUAGUGAUGAGUCGUAAAAAAUUUUAAUGUUUUAAAUUUUAAGUUUUAUUCUGUUUCAAGUCAGUUUUCAGUAAUGUGACGUUAGCUGUGUGUAUUUGGCUUGUAUAUGUGGCAUUGCGGUUUGGGGUAGAGUUAUGUUUGAUUCUUUUUAGGUAAAUUUUCCGUGCUGUUUUUAUCCGGCAGUCUCCGUUUUAUUUGUGAAUGUUUUUCUUAGCCGACUGACGGACCAAUGCGUUCGUAAUAAAACCUGUUUUUUCA